AUGAAGCGAAGGCUCGCGCGCAAGAUAUGGGACAAGCAGCUGAAGGACGGUGAGAAGCUCUCGUUGGGCGCGACGGCGCAAGCAGGAGCACAGUCGGCACACACGUCGCGCGUCGUGGAUCCGGACCCGCCGCUCACCCCCCAGUACUUCUUCUCCGACGAGUUCAAGGAGGUCAUGAGGAAGUUCCGCGCCCAGUUCCGCGAGGGCGUGCGGCACGAGGUCAACUUCAUCAUCCACGCGCGGGGCUUCCGCGGCUGGUUCACGAGGGCCUUCCUGCUCGGCACGCUCGGCACCGCCGCGUUCGUGUUCGCGCGUGUGCCUAUUGCAUACGCACGCGGCGCAGGCAUCAUCGCGCAGGACGACCCGCACCUGCCCGUGCGGGACCCGCACCGCGGCAUGGGCCGCGCGGAGAUGCUGCUGUCCGCGCCCUUCCACGAGACAUGGGUCCGCGAGAUGUGCACGCGCGGGAGGCUGUUCCUGACCCUCAUCAAACUUUGUGGACCUGACAGGGCGAUGGACGUGCGGGAGCGCGCGUGCGCGCUGCUCGAGCGGCUGCUGGAGCGCGAGGAUGCGAUGGAGAUAGCGGCGCGGCACAAGAAGGACGUCGGUCUCUUGCUCGCGCAGCGGGCGGAGGACUGCGCGGCGGACACCGAGGCGGGCCGGGCGAUUGGGGGGCGGCUGAGCGAGCUGGCGUCGCGCGUGAGUGCGCGACGGAGCGCACGGUUGCGCGAGGAGGCGGAGGCGGGCCAGCCGCAACAACGCGAAGGCAUUGCCUGA